AUGGAGGGACUUAACUACAUGGUUAGAAAGACUAAUGAAUUGGGGUGGAUAAGAGGCUUUGGUGCAUAUACUAACAGAGCUAAUAACAUGGAGAUUACACAUCUACUGUAUGCAGAUGAUUCUCUUGUGUUCUGUGGUGUAGAAGUGUCACAAAUUAGGCAUCUGAGGGCAAUACUAACCAUAUUUGAAGCCAUCUCAGGUCUACAUGUGAACUGGCAGAAGAGUUGCUUAUUUCCAGUUAAUCAAGUCAAUAAUAUGCAAGGCCUAUCCGACAACUUGGGCUGCCAAGUGGCCUCUCUUCCCACCAAAUAUUUGGGGAUGCCCUUGGGAGCCAAGAACAAAGAAUUGGAAGUAUGGAGUGAAGUCUUGGAGAGAAGUGAAAGGAAGCUGACAAGGUGGAAGAGUCAAUAUUUAUCUCUGGGAGGUAGAGUGACUCUCAUUAAAUCAGUUCUGGAUGCCCUCCCAACUUAUAUGCUAAGUCGUUUUCCACUACCAAAAAGUAUUGGAAAGAAACUCAACAAGUUGAGAAGGGUGUUCCUCUGGCAAGGGAACAAAGAGAAGCAAGGAUACAACUUGGUUAAAUGGGAAGAGGUGAUAAUGAGCAAAGUACAAGGAGGUCUGGGCAUUAAGAAUUUAAGUAUUCAAAACACUAGUUUGCUGCAAAAAUGGUUGUGGACAUUCUGUUGCGAAGAUACAUCAUUAUGGAGGAGGUUCAUAGCUGAGAAAUAUGGCCUACAUAGUAAUUGGAUAACUGAAGAGGUGAAUGGUACUUUUGGGUGCUCAGUAUGGAAAACUAUUAGGAGAAUGUGGACUGACUUCAAUGCGCAGGUGACUUUCAAAGUGGGGAAUGGCCUGAAGAUUAGUUUCUGGAAUGAGAUUUGGUUAGGCGAUGUGAAAAUGAGGAUACUCUUUCCUGACUUGUACAUCAUCAGCCUACAACAGAAUGACACUACAACGCAGAUGUGGAGUCCUCAAGGCUGGAAUCUUAUAUUUAGAAGGGCUCUAAAUGAUUGGGAGGUUGAAAGAGUAGUAGACUUACUCCAGACCUUGAACCUGUUCCUUGGCAUCAAUGCAGAGUCCGACAAACCAGUUUGGAAAUGCAUAGUAGUGGAGUUUUUACAGAUGACUGCAGAUCUGUGGAACAUGUUCAUUUGUAUACCCGGGGUUAAAUGGACAAUGCCCAGAACCACUUUUGAGGUACUAACACGCUGGCAAGGAAUUGGGAAGAGAGGAUCAAAGGGAGAUUGGUGGAAAAAUGUACCUGCUUGCAUUUGGUGGACACUAUGGAAAGAAAGGAAUGGAAGCCUGAAAUGGCAACGGAAAACAGAGAAGUUUGGCUGUUUCGAGACUGGUUCUGGGUGA